UUUAAAUCGUCACUCGCGGUCGACGGGCGAGCAGGAGCGUGUUCAGCCCGGUCUGGCCGACAUACACGUUCAUCCCGACACCGCAGCGUCCACCAUGGAGGGCUCCAAGAACAUCCCCAUCAAGAAGAGCGACUGCAGCGUGAUCGACACCGAGUUCAGCAGCAUCCGCGAGCACUUCGAUGCCGAGAUGCGCAAGAUGGAGGACGAGAUGAACAAGUUCCGGACGGAGCUAAUCAACCGCGAGUCGCCGCGGAUGCAGAGUUCGAUCACGUCCAGUUUUCCGUCUAUGCUUACGCAACAGAACACCUUCAGCUCGACCACGUCUCAGCAGUCACAUCAGACGUCCGGCGGCGCUCCCAGCACCGACCUGGCUAUGCGCUCCGCCGCCGACCCCAAGAACUGGAUCGAGAGCCUCAACUCGCCGCUCGUUCAGGACGACGGAGACAAGAAGCACCUGAAGCUCCGUUUCGACGUUAGCCAGUACAAACCUGAGGAGAUCGUGGUAAAGACCGUUGACAACAAGCUCCUGGUCCAUGCCAAGCACGAGGAAAAGAGCGACUGUCGCAGCGUGUACCGCGAGUACAACCGCGAGUUCCUGCUGCCCCAGGGCUCCAACCCGGAGAUGAUCAAGUCGUCCCUCUCCAAGGAUGGCGUACUCACCGUGGAGGCGCCGCUGCCGGCCCUUGCCGGUGACGAGGCGCGCAUUCCCAUCGCGCACAAGUAGACAGGGCGCCUGUCCGGCAGCGCCAUCUGGGGAGCCGCGGGGCAGCCGCUCCCGAUGCGGCGCGCCUCCCGACCCGUGUUGUUUCCCGCUGCCGCGAGCGUCAGCGCGCCUGCCGUCCCGGCCAGAGGCGCGCAGCUCCGGCCCGACUAGCGCCGUGUCUAGUCAUCACUGCCGCUCGCCAGCUCUAACAGGCUAACACCGGACACGGCGUCAGGCUACGCACACCGAGUGCGCGGGCGGCGCCGGCCUCCGCCGCUGGUCGACGACGGCCGUGACGCCUCGCGUUCGCGGCUCACCGAGGCGCUACUGUAAGUUUGAGGUCACGGAGGCUAGCCUGUGGAACACCGCCACGUUUGAUCUUUCAAACUUUGGUUCGCUUCCUUGAAUAUGGUGAGUGAUGGACAUCUUGUGGAAAUGUUUAAUAUAUUUAUUAAAUCGCG